AUGCGCCGCCCCCGCCCCGGCAGCCCGCUGGACGAGGGAACAAAGGCGCUUUGUGACAGCCCCCGGCCCUGGGAGGCUCCUGGGGAGCACACACCGAGGCAGCCGCCAGAGCUCCCCGCCGGCAGCUCGACGGGACAGGGAACGCACGGCGGGGACUCGUGCGCGGCCCCGACGGCGCUCCGGCCUCGGGUGGGGGAGCCCUCGGAGGGAGCGCUGCCCUGUCCCGGCUCCGGGCAGGAUGCGGGGAUGCUCCCGGAGCCCUCGGAGGGAGCGCUGCCCUGUCCCGGCUCCGGGCAGGAUGCGGGGAUGCUCCCGGAGCUCUCGGAGGGAGCGCUGCCCUGUCCCGGCUCCGGGCAGGAUGCGGGGAUGCUCCCGGAGCUCUCGGAGGGAGCGCUGCCCUGUCCCGGCUCCGGGCAGGAUGCGGGGAUGCUCCCGGAGCUCUCGGAGGGAGCGCUGCCCUGUCCCGGCUCCGGGCAGGAUGCGGGGAUGCUCCCGGAGCUCUCGGAGGGAGCGCUGCCCUGUCCCGGCUCCGGGCAGGAUGCGGGGAUGCUCCCGGAGCUCUCGGAGGGAGCGCUGCCCUGUCCCGGCUCCGGGCAGGAUGCGGGGAUGCUCCCGGAGCUCUCGGAGGGAGCGCUGCCCUGUCCCGGCUCCGGGCAGGAUGCGGGGAUGCUCCCGGAGCUCUCGGAGGGAGCGCUGCCCUGUCCCGGCUCCGGGCAGGAUGCGGGGAUGCUCCCGGAGCUCUCGGAGGGAGCGCUGCCCUGUCCCGGCUCCGGGCAGGAUGCGGGGAUGCUCCCGGAGCUCUCGGAGGGAGCGCUGCCCUGUCCCGGCUCCGGGCAGGAUGCGGGGAUGCUCCCGGAGCUCUCGGAGGGAGCGCUGCCCUGUCCCGGCUCCGGGCAGGAUGCGGGGAUGCUCCCGGAGCUCUCGGAGGGAGCGCUGCCCUGUCCCGGCUCCGGGCAGGAUGCGGGGAUGCUCCCGGAGCUCUCGGAGGGAGCGCUGCCCUGUCCCGGCUCCGGGCAGGAUGCGGGGAUGCUCCCGGAGCUCUCGGAGGGAGCGCUGCCCUGUCCCGGCUCCGGGCAGGAUGCGGGGAUGCUCCCGGAGCUCUCGGAGGGAGCGCUGCCCUGUCCCGGCUCCGGGCAGGAUGCGGGGAUGCUCCCGGAGCUCUCGGAGGGAGCGCUGCCCUGUCCCGGCUCCGGGCAGGAUGCGGGGAUGCUCCCGGAGCUCUCGGAGGGAGCGCUGCCCUGUCCCGGCUCCGGGCAGGAUGCGGGGAUGCUCCCGGAGCCCUCGGAGGGAGCGCUGCCCUGUCCCGGCUCCGGGCAGGAUGCGGGGCUGCUCCCGGAGCCCUCGGAGGGAGCGCUGCCCUCUCCCGGCUCCGGGCAGGAUGCAGGGCCGGGCGGAGCAGCCCCCCAGUUCCCGCUCGGCGGCUGGAGCGCUCCGCUCCGCUCCCGGCCCCGCUCCCGCAGGCACCAGCGCCGGGCUGGGAGCUGCCCACGCCGGUGCUGGUUGAUCAGCCUCCUGCACGGCCCUUCCACGUGUGCUUCGUGUUGCAUAGUGCACGGAUCCCGACAAACCGUACCACAUCUUAGCUUCCCAUCUGCCAUGUAUACGUUCAGCUGUUCUUAG